CGCUUUAUGGCCCCUUUGGCCUUCCAUCCACAACUCAAGGAGAGGCGACGUGAUUCUUGCGUGUGUGUGUGGAGGGGUUUUUUUCUUUUUUUUUUUUUUCUUUUUCUUUCCAAGGAGAGCUCCAUUACGCGUUCAGUUCUCCGAGAGAAAUCUGAAUGGUGCUCGUCCUGAUCUGAUCGCAUUGUAUGCGGAAAGGGAGGGGAAUACACGGACAAAACAAGGCGGGUGAAAGAAGGCAGACUUUAAUCAGGUGCACGGAGAGGAGGGAUGAAAUCACGCCGUUAAUAUGAUGCGCUUUCUGCUGGACUGCCUGAGGCCGGGACGUCAGCGCGCGGGCUGCGGCAGAGAAAACUCGGUGGAGAUACCAACGAAAGAGAGAGACCCUGGCAAUGAAAAUGAACUCAAGGAUAUGGAGGACGUGGUGGCGAUGGAGGAAGGGGCUCUGCAGAGAGACAGGGCUCAGUGCCGGGACAGCCAGCAGGACCUCGAGAGCCUGGCCAAGAGGCGAGCACAGCUGAAGGAGGAAAUCGAACGCAUCCAAGAGCAGCGCAAGCAGGAAGGCCAGCUGCUCCUGUCUCUGCAGGAGGAGCAGGAGGAACUGGAGCAGAGAGUGCAGGAAUACGACGGCGAGCUGAAGAGAGCUAAAGAGGAGCUGCAGCGGCUCCAGGAGGAGAUCAGCAGCACCAGAGCGCGGGUGGAGGAGGUGCACGGCCGCAUCGGCCCGCUCAAACACUGCAUCGGAGAAACGUACACAGAGAUCACUGAGGCUAAACAGAGACUAGGUGAACUGAUUACUGAGAUGAUUGCCAUCGAGACGUGUGCUCCUGAGAUCACGUCCCAGCAGGCGACGGAAAGCUUAAACGUGACUGCAAACGGCAGUUCCAGAGAGGAAGACGAGGAUGCCGAAGUGCACUGCCGUCUUGACGAAAAAGCACUCAAACAUUGCAGUGUAGAGAACGAGCCUUCUGAGCAGGAACACGAAGACGGACCUGAGAAACUGCAGCGCUCUGCUGAGAACUUGAAGAGCAGUGGUUCAUCUUCAUUCACUGAGAUCACUUUGACGGAGUUUAAAGAAGAGGAUGCGUCACCCAGAUCAAUAACUUCACAGCACACAGGCUCUGCUGAUCUGGAAGAAGAGGAUUUUGAAAUCGUCCAAUCCCUCAUGUCCAAACCGGUUCAUCAGACUGCUAGCAAGGAGUUUGACUUCUUCCACCCAGACCCUUUUGUUGAUUAUGAUGUGUUUGGAGAUGAACGCUUUCCAAAAGUGGAUAUGACAGAAUUCCUAUCUGGUGAUCCAUUCAAAGGAAGCGACCCCUUUGCUUGUGAUAACCUGUUCAGUGAUGUAGAAAACAGCCCGUUUCCUCAGGAUUCUCCCAUCAGUGAAGAAGGCAAUGCUAAGGAAUCCAACCCUUUGACCUUGAGUCCUGAAUCUGCUAGUAAAGAAGACCCUGCCGAUAUCUCAAAUGUUGCCCAUAUUCCAGCUAGUUCUAAAUGCAGUCAGUCCAUUGACUCUGGGAUGUUUGAACAAAACAUCCCUGAGUUUGCUGAGUCCGAUCAACACGUGUCAUACACUGAUGUCUGUCCUCAGGUUGGAAUCGAAAUCACAGUGACCCAAGAUCUCGACACCAUAGGAAACGAGUUGGAUCUGCCCGCAAUCCCCAAGAUUGAAGAUGGAGGACAUUUUGACCCUAUUGGUUGCGAACAUAAUGACAUUCAGGACUCUGAGUCUAGUUCGACAGUUGAAAGCUCCUUUGAUGGAGAUUUUGGCAUAGCUGAAGAUCAUCCAGAGGAGGAGCCAGAAGUUGAGGCAGGACCCAGUUAUGUUAAGAGGAAUCAAGCGCUGUACGGACUUCAGCGGAUUGAUACAAGCUCAUACACUAGUUUUCCUCUCAGUCCUGACGCGUAUGAUCCGGAGCCGUUUCCUGUCAGCAGUGACGUAGACGAGAAGCCAUCGUCGUUCAGUUCUGAUCACAAUACUGUCACUGAAAUAAAGCCUGAGAUGGAAUUAAUUGAAGACACCGAAAAUGUGUCCCCUCAUAUUGAUCCUGGUAGUCCUAGCCCUCCCAAUCAAGAGAUACAUGAUGUGAAGCGUGAGCCUUGCUCUCUUGAGCUAAAAGAAGAUCAUUUCAGUAAUACAAAUGACGCGACCCAUAAUGAAGAACCCUCUGACUCAGACGACCACAAAUUUGGAGAUAUCUAUUUUUUCACAGUCCGGUUAGACCCUGGUAGUUCUGACACUAGUCCUGUUUCUCCUGAAGUAAGUGAGAAAAAGAAAUCGGAGGCUGAAAACGCGAGUCCUGAAUCCGUUGACAUGGAUGAAUUUGACUAUGCUGCUCCAGAGGAUGAGAACCCUAAGCAGUGUAGUUUCAAAGAUUAUCCAGAGGAAAGCUUUGAUAGAGAAGAAGCCGAGGUCCGAUCCGAACAACCCUCCAUCAGUCCUGAACCAAAUGAACCUACUGAAUCUGAGGCAGAAGAUUCACAUUCAAGCCCCGUUUCUCCUGAAGUAAGUGAGAAAAAGAAAUCGGAAGCUGAACACGCGAGUCCUGGAUCCGUUGACAUGGAUGAAUUUGACUAUGCUGCUCCAGAGGAUGAGGACCUUAAGCAGUGUAGUUUCGAAGAUUAUCCAGAGGAAAGCUUUGACAGAGAAGAAGCCGAGGUCAGAACAGAACAACCCUCCAUCAGUCCUGAACCAAAUGAACCUAUUGAGUCUGAGGCAGAAGAUCCAUAUUCAAGCCCCGUUUCUCCUGAAGUAAGUGAGAAAAAGAAAUCGGAAGCUGAACACGCGAGUCCUGAAUUUGUUGACAUGGAUGAAUUUGACUAUGCUGCUCCAGAGGAUGAGGACCCUAAGCAGUAUCGUUUCCAAGAUUAUCCAGAGGAAAGCUUUGACAGAGAAGAAGCCGAGGUCCGAUCCGAACAACCCUCCAUCAGUCCUGAACCAAAUGAACCUAUUGAGUCUGAGGCAAAAGAUCCACAUUCAAGCCCCGUUUCUCCUGAAGCUAAACACCAAAGUCCUGGCCUUGACCACUUUGAAUGCAAUAUAUUUGAUUUAGAGUGCAACAGUGUAUUUAAUCCCCGAUCUGAAAAUAAAGAAAACGCUGACCUAGAUAGUACUGUGGAUACAAAUUCAGAGAGCUGUAAUACAGAGCCUGUAGUUCAGUACCUCAUUAGCCCUGUCUCUGGUGACACUGGGAUGUUCGCGACCGAUGGUUACAAGCUUUGUGCUCGCAACCCAUUCAGCUUUGAUGUUGGAAGCAUAGAUCACUGUGAGGACACUGAAAGGAAUCCUGAGCCUCCUAACUCUGAAACUUGUGUCAUAAAUGAAUCUGGCUCAUCUGAGACAAGUCUCCAAAGUUUGGUCCUACUUGAUCCAGUACUCAUAGGUAACCCAAUACAUGCAUUUGAUGCCAAAAAUCCAAACACUGACAGCGGAAGACUAGAUUCUGGGUAUCAUGAAUUUGGUGGACUGGAUCCUUUCAGUCCCGCACCUACAGAUUCACGUCCAGAGUCUACAGAAAUGGGUCCAGGCUCUGUAACUGAAAAUCUAGAGAUAGUGGUGCCCAAUCCCACAAAUUUGGAUGUACAUGUUUCAGAUCCCUUUAGCCCUGAGUCCAGUGAUACAACAAUAUUUGAUUCUGAACCUGAAAUCUGUAACCCUGCGACCAACGAUGGAAUAACAAACGAUUCAGGUCUUGGGUGUACUGGUUCGUCUGAUGUACUUGCCGAGUCCUUUAGCGGAUCUGAAUUCGACAGUUUUGACCCCUUCAGUCCGAUGCCGCAUCUUACAGGAAGCAAUUACGCUCACUCCAACAUGGAUAUCCUUGUCCCUGGAUCUGUCCAAGAUGAUUCCAGAUCUUAUGGAGAUUACAGAUCCAGUAGCUGGGACUCCGGAGUUAGUCAGUCUCCUCAACUACACUGUGAUUCUGCACCAAACAGAGCGGAUCCCCUCCUACCACUUGAGGCUAACCUGGUCAGCCCUGAUACCCAAAGCCUAAGCUAUUCAUCCAGUUACUCAACAACAGACUUUAUUUUCCAGUCCGAUUCCAGUACCUUUACCGAUAUUGGCUCUUUUUCACCCAAAGUUGAGAAAAUAACCGUACAGGACAAAAAUUCCACGGUAAGUGUCACAGCCAUGGAAGACCUCGCCGAAAUCGAUUUCUUCUGCUCUGAGCUCAGCAAAAUGGUGGCCUCACGUUCCUCUGAUUCCGUUCAGCAAAGUGUCACUGAAAUGCUUUUUGGCUCUAAUCCAGACACUGCCAAGUUCUAUCCAUGGGAUUUGGAAAACAGCAGCACUGAUAUUAAAGAGACCUCAAGUCCAGAAGUUGAUUUCGGCCAUACGCCGGACGAGGCCGAGAAACCUAGCUUGCUAUGAUGACGGGACACUCCUAAAAAUUCCAUAGACCUAUGUAGUACUAUUAUAGAAACUCCUUGAGUUUUCUGUUAGGAAUCUGAGCUCAUGCUUCCAGGAAAUGACAUCAUCAACGACUGAACAUUACUUUGAACAUGCAUAUCAUAUGACACCAGAGGAUUACCUACAGUAGCAAGGACAACAUUACCUAUCUAUAUGGAGGUGCUUCGAAGCCAGAAGAUUACCGAGCCCUGAAACAUUAGUUAUGGAAUCUCCCUAGAAAUAAGUAGCAUACUUGACCUUUCUGACCUUUUUAACCCUUUUAGAAAGAUGGUAUCCUCCAUUUUAGAAGUAGCCUGUAUCUGAUGGCCUGCAAAUCCUUGUAAAGGCAGAUGGACAGUUUAAGUAGCACCACUGUGUCACAUUGUACCUCCAUUUUUAUUUUUGAAAGAAUACCAUGGCUUGAUGUAACAAGCAUGCUACGUUGUCCUUCCCAGCUUCUUGGGUUAUUUCAGGGGUGUAUAACGUAUGCCUUUAUUCAUACAUCUGUACAAACCUGACUUGUUUAACAGGGUUUAUUUCAAAAUAGAGCGAGAGAUAUGAUACAACUGACUGAAAGUUCUCACAUUGAAUACCUCCAGUACAGUGCUGCAUGAAUCAAGUGUUCUUAAGGAGUGUAUGUGGAGAUUAUUAAUUCAUCCACUGGCUACUUUUAGAGAUUCCAUUGAAUUUAGCAGUGUUUGCAUCUAGUGAGUGAGUCUGGUAAACAAGUCGUUACAUUUGUAUGGCCUACACUACUUACUAUCUUGAUCAUACUAAGUAGCAUUUUAUACAGGGUUCUGUUCUUCAUUUUCACACAGCAUCACAAAUCAUCGUAUAAGAGCUCUGCUUGUUCAGGCCUUGGAAUCUGCAAUACUAAUCAAUAUAUAGAGAAUUGCCAAUGUUUUAUAAGCAAUUCAUAACACACAUAUGAAAUUAUAUAUAAUUACAUGUUCAGCCUAAUGUAACUACUACAAAUCCACACCAAUGGAGAUUUUAAGCAACUGCUGAAACACUAAUUAUGUCACGUGUGUGUGUGUACGCCUGUACUAGAUGUCUGUCUGUUCUUGUGUGCAAAGUGUUUUAUCAUUGGCAUCAAAACAUUCAUUUGUUAAAGAUAAAUGAAUAUAUAAUGCAGUAAAAGUUUUAAAACAGCUGUACUUGUCAGUUUUAUG